AUGGCUGGGCAUUCGCAUAGAUCAUCGAUAAAGAACGGACACAAGGCAUUCAAGUCCAAGCAUGCGUCCAAGGGCGCGCGCAAAAACAUGUACAAGGGCAAGGUCGAGAAAGAACUUGUGACUGGGAAGCGCAGCAGGCACCAGGUGGUGUCCAAACUGCAGAGGAAAAACCAGGCUCGUCAGGCGCGCGAGCAGAAGAUAAUGGACGCAUUAGAGAUCCGUCGCCUUUUCGAAGGCUCGAACGGUGCUGAAAAGAUCAUCGCGGUUGUGCCGCUGACGCCCGACGUAGACGCCGCAGACAUUGUGCGGCGGCUCAUUGUAUGCGCACUGGACGAUCCAGAACAACAGAUGGCGGUCCAGGUUAGCACGCCAUGUGUGCUCAAUGUCACAGUCAAGAAGUUCAAGUCCAAGCUCAAAAUCAUCGUACCUGACAUGUCCAAUUUCAUCAACAUUCUAGACACCACGAAGAUCGCAGACUUCACCGUUUUCGGCCUCAGUGCUGCCGCAGAGGUGGACACAGAGUUCGGUGAGCAGAUCAUUCGUGCUGUCGAGCUGCAGGGUAUUUCCUCCUACGUUGGCGUCGUUGCCAACUUAUCUGCGGCUCAUCCUAAAGAGAAGUUCCAGCUCGACUUGAAACAGUCCUUAGAGAGUUUCUUCAAACAUUUUUUCCCUAACGAAGACCGUGUUUACAACCUAGAGAAACCUGCCGAGGCCAUCAACGUUCUGAGACAUUUGUGUCAGAAAGUUCCACGCCAGGUUAGAUGGAGAGACAACAGAGGCUACAUGGUUGCUGAAAAGGUCGACUACUCUGAAUCGGACGCACAACAGGGGCACCUCAUUGUCAGUGGCAUGGUACGCGGUGUUGGGUUUGAUGCCAAUAGGCUUGUGCAUAUACCGGGUUUAGGUGAUUUCCAGAUUUCACGAAUCAACAAGAUUAGUGAUUCUAAUAGAAGAAGCGGCCCCGCCAAAGGUCCGGCUGCAAAUUCGGAUCUAGACAUAGAGCUCACUUCUCAAUUCACGCCUGACCAAAGUCAAGACACCCUUGAUGACUUCGCCCCACAAGACUUCGAUGCUGACGACUACGAAGAUGACUUUGAGUACGAUGACCUCACCACAGCGCGUUACGACGACCAUGGCUUUUUGCCUGGCAGGGAAGCUGCCACUAGAAGGGCCAAGGUCCCUAAAGGAACGUCCGACUAUCAAGCGAGAUGGUAUCUGGAUGACAUUGCCGAUGAUGGCGAGGUCGAGCUAGAAGAUGAUGACAUGGCCGUUGAAGAAAACAAUGAUGUUAUGGCAGAUGAAGCCGAACAGGCUAGCGACUAUGAAGAAACUCAAGAGGAUAUGUUUGUUGACUUGUCGCCUGAAGAAGAGGAAAGACAGCUUCGUGAAUAUCGAGAGCUUGAGAAAGAAGACAAAGAAUUUCCGGACGAGAUUGAACUAGAGCCCACACAGUCAGCUAUUGAGAGGCUCAGACGGUACAGAGGCUUGAAGAAUUUGCAUAACUGCGUGUGGGACGUUGAUGAACGCGAUCCUAACGCUCCUCCUGAGUGGAAACGUCUCCUGAGGGUGGGCAACUACACUGGCUCUAAGAACAAGGUAUGCAAAGAGGCUGCCAACGAGGCCCAAGUGAUUGCUGGUGACCGCAUCGAGAUGCACAUUCAAAUACCUAAGCACUUGCUGGAAAAAGUGAAAGACCCCAGGGUCAGUAUCUUCGCUGUUUAUGGGUUGCUCAAACACGAACACAAAAACGCGUUGGUAAACUUCUCGAUACAAAGAUGGGAAGAUUUCGAAGAUCCCGUUCCUUCGAAGGAGAGUCUAUUCGUGCAGUACGGUGUUAGGAGAUACGAGAUCCAGCCACUGUUUUCAUCGACUAGUAAUACUCCUAACAACGUGCACAAAUUUGAGAGGUUUUUGCAUGAAGAUUCCGCAUCCAUCGCCACAUGCAUAGCUCCUAUCGACUUCACUCAAUCACCUGCUCUAUUUUUCAAGCAAUGCCCCGAAGAUGUCAAGGGAAUUAAGUUUGUAGGCCACGGUUCCUUCUUGAACGCUGACCAUACCAGGAUUAUCAGCAAGAGGGUGGUCCUCACAGGCCAUCCUUUCAGGUUCCACAAGAGAGUUCUCACCGUGCGCUACAUGUUUUUCCGUCCUGAAGAUGUGGAAUGGUUUAAAUCUAUUCCUCUUUUCACCAAAAGUGGCAGGUCAGGUUUCAUCAAGGAAAGCCUGGGUACUCACGGCUACUUCAAGGCAACCUUUGAUGGCAAACUAUCGGCUCAAGAUGUUGUUGCAAUGGCGUUGUUCAAGCGCGUGUGGCCCAGACCAUCGAAACCUGUAUAG